AUGCGGAUCGCAGCUUACAGACGACCAGCUUACAGAAGACCUGCACUGCCAGUGGAAGAGUGCCAAAGCGUGACAUCCAAUCAUCGUCAAGAAAAAUGGAAGUGUCUGUCGGGAUUCUUUCCAAAGGCAUCCUAUUGGUUGGUUGCUGACUGUCCAGACGACUGGGUGGAUGACGUCACCAAAGAAGAAUAUUUAAAAGAGGUGGAUCCCUUUAACCCGAGUAAUCUAGUAGCCAUUCUGAAUACCACAGCGUUGGUUUGCGGAGAGUGCAUACUGCAGUAUUUCCUGAAUGCCACAAACAAUGAUCAAACGACAAACAGUUGGGAAGCGACUCAAGGUUGGUUAACCUUGGGUCUUGUGAUUGCUGUCAUAGCGGCCUUUGCUUUCAUAGGCUACACUAUCAAAUUUGGCCAGUGGAAGAAAGUACCGGCAAAGCUGAAGGUGCAAAUGUUGGCUUGUAUGGCAGUCGGGGAAUCCCUUUUUGUAGCACGUGUGCUCCCUCCACCCGGGGUAGUCUGUGUGGUGUAUGGGAUAAUCCUGCACUACUUUCUGCUGACUGCCUUUACGUCUAUGAACGCGCUGGCUUUGGAUCUCUUCUUCACAUUUCGUGAUGGUUCAGAAAGACCCAAACUGCGCAGCUACGUGUUGUAUACCUGGCUGAUGCCGUUGCUUGUAGUGGCGGUGACGGUGUUUGUAGAGUUCUGUCCCUGCAGCUCAGUCAGGGUGGAGUACGGAGUUCACUGUUGGAUAGGCAACCCGACUGGCAGUUUGGUUGCUUUUGGUGUUCCAGUUUUCUCUGCCAUUCUGAUCAAUGUCGUGUUGAUCACUUUGGCUUUGCUGGCCAUACGGAAGUCAUUUAAGAUUGCCGACGCAGCUUUGUCUCGCUCUUGGAGCAGUAAGGCCUGGGUUUAUUUCCGCAUCUCCUUUCUGAUGGGAUUUACAUGGAUUCUCGGUUUUAUCGUGCCUUUUGCAGGCAGUAGGGUCCUUGAGUACUUCUUUAUUGUACUUAAUGCUUCUCAAGGCUUUCUUCUGGCACUACUGAUGACGAUGACGGGAGAGGUGUUACAGAGUUGGGCCUCUGUGAUCAGGGCACGCCUUGGUCUGGGUGAACCUAAUCAGAACAAUGGACCAACUGCCGGCAGUCAGCAGACUGCCCCGUGCACAUCAGGCAUAGCAGCUACUGGAAGUAGUGCAGCUACAGAAGAUAUACCCAUGACAACUUUUGUCGAUGUUGAGGAAAAUAAGGCAAAAGACAAACAUUUGGUGAGCAUUCCUGAAGGCGAAGAACAAUCACAGUGA